AUGGUGACGCAAGCAGAACCGCAAUCGCAGUACUUCUACGGGACGGGCCGUCGCAAGAGAGCCAUCGCCAAGGUGCGCAUUUAUCCGGACGAUGGCACCGCAAUCAUCGUUAACGACAAGCCAAUGGAGGACUACUUCAAUUGGCUGCCCUGGCAGUCCACCGUUCGGGAGCCCUUCGCGACAUCAGGAACCGUUGGCCGCUUUCGCGUCAUGGCCAAGGUGUACGGCGGCGGCGUCAACGCCCAGGCCGAGGCCAUCCGUCACGGCAUUUCCCGCGCGCUGGUGGUGUUCGAUCCCAACCUGAAGUCCAGCCUGCGCCGCGCCGGCUUCAUCACCCGGGACGCGCGGGUCAAGGAAAGCAAGAAGUACGGACUGAAGCGCGCCCGCCGGGCCCCGCAGUACACCAAGCGGUAA